GCGCGCCUGCUCCGCCGCGGCUGGCCUUUGAUCCCUGCAUUAGUGUUAGUUAGGGGGCUCGCACACACACUUGCACCGAGAGCAGCAGCCACAGUCAAGACACGGCAACAACAACAGAGCAGCGGCGCCUCCUCCAGCAGCCCGUGUUCCCGUUCACCCCCACCUCCUCUCCAACAAUACACUUUAAACCGAGCAAAGCCAGGUGCACGACCGCGGCCCCCCCCGCCCCCCUCUGCCAUCACCGGUCUCCGGUCUCAAUGGGAAAGACCUUUUUUCCUUCUUAUCCCUAAACGAGGACGAGAAUGUGAUUAAAAAACGAGGGGGAAAAUGCCAAGGAGGAAGCAGGAGCAGCCCAAGCGCCUGCCUUCACAUGUGGACGGCAAUGAUGAUGGGGGGCCCAAUGGUGGCGCUGUGGAAGAGGAGGGCUGGUUUGGGAAUGCCUCAGACACACGCUCAGAGUCUUCAUCUUUUGGAGACACCCAGGAUGAGGUCCUCCUGCAUAGGGGCUCAUCUCCAGACGAGCAACCUGGAAUCAGCAUCGGGUCUGGGGACAUCGAUACCUGUGGAGCAGAGAGCUCACUGGGUUGCCCCACAUCCGUCCAUCGUGCCUCUUUGGAACUUCUUGGCCUGGAUGGAGGUGCAUUCUCGGCCCAGGACACUCUCUCCUCUGUGGUAUCAUCACUGUAUGGUGAGGCGGCAUCUCGAGCCCUGGGAAAACCCCUAAGCAGCAACUUGCGGCGCCUCCUAGAGGCUGGGUCGCUUAAACUUGACACUGGGGAGGUUCUGGGUCGGUCAUCAAGGGGAAGUGCUGGAGGAGAGUCGCCUCCAAUUGCUCUCGCCCCACCUUUGACCCUCUCUCCAUCUUCCCACCAUGCCCAACAAUUAAGUGCUCUUGCCCGAAAACUGGCCAAUAACAAUAACAGUGGCUCUGCCUCGCCUGCCUCCUUGGCACCCUCCAUCACCAACAUUAAGCAAGAGCCCCUUGACUCUUUUAAUUCUGUUACUCCAAGCAAUGGCAGUGGCUUUGUCUGGGCAGGCGUGGCAGAUAAGUGGCCCCCUGGCACCUGCUCUACGCCCUGUAGCUCCAGCUUGUCCCCAGAUUCCGCCAUCCAGAAGUUGAAGGCAGCCGCCAACGCUGUACUUCAAGACAAGAACGCUGUGGCUUCCUCUUCAACAACAUCUUCCUCCACCUCCAACUCUGCCUCAUCUGCAGUGCCCACCCUGGGCGGGGGCGGCCGAGGAGACGAUGUGGUACGUUUCGAUGCCUUCAACUCUCCGUUCAGCCCGCAGUCAGCUAGCUCUACGCUCGCUGCACUUUCCAAGAAAGUCAGCGAGAGGAGCCAAGCCUCGUCAACAGCCAGUGCUGCUUCUGACCACCAAGGCUCGGCAAGUUCCUUUCUUUCUCUCGUGUCAAUGACCUCUUCUGCUGCCUUGCUCAAAGAGGUGGCAGCCAGGGCAGCAGGAAACCUGCUGGCAGAGAAGAAGGACGUUUCCCCUUUGGCGCCUGCAGGGGUCCUCCAAGAGGAUGCAAAGCCCCUAUUGGACAUGAACCAGAAAGCACCCACUCCCUCAACGCCCACUCAGAGCCUGGAGUUGUUGCUGCCCUCUACUCCAAAAGGCAGAGGCAAGCCAAACAACCAAGCAGGUUCUCCUGAGGAUGGUGGGAAGCCAUUCCAGUGUCCUGUGUGCGGACUGGUCAUCAAACGCAAGAGCUACUGGAAGAGACAUAUGGUCAUUCACACAGGCUUGAAAAGCCAUCAGUGUCCACUGUGUCCCUUCCGAUGUGCACGUAAAGACAAUCUCAAGUCCCACAUGAAGGUACAUCAGCACCAGGACCGCGGUGAGACGUUUCAGUGUGAACUUUGUCCCUUUACCUCCUCCCGACACUUCAGUCUGAAGCUUCACAUGCGGUGCCACCAGCACUUCCCCCGCACAGACGUCAAGGUGAAAGAGGAACUCACCACCGACACAGAGGGCGAGGGCUCCCUGUUGGGUGACACCGGUUCGACAGAGCUGAGAGCGACAGAAGUGUCUCCGCUGAACUCAGACGCCCAGCAGCAGACGUCCCCUCCAGUUGAGGCUUCCGCCAAUCAUGUGCACAUCAAGGAGGAGCCCCAGGAGAGAGACUUGUCCGUGCUCUCCCCCUUUAACAUCUGCAGGGAUCGUCCCAGCAGCAGCGCCAACUCCCUGGACCUACCUGGAGUUGGGGUUGGGGUGAGAUCGAGUCCUAGUGGUCCAACCACGGCCUCCCUAUUCAGCCCCGACAUCACUACCAAAACGGCCACUGACCUGCUUAUGAAGCUAUCAGCGGCCAACCAGAGGGAAACACUCCAGUCUCCUUUCCACCUCAAGGAAGAACCCAAAGUGGAGGAGGCGCUGAGCCCCAGACCAUCGUCACAGUCCCAGAGCCACGUUCAGCCAAGCUUCCCUGCGUCUUUCUGCCAGGAUGGGCUACCAGGGUCUGCGGCAUCCACGGAGCGGCCGGGGUCACUGAAAGCCAGGGAAGGAAGCCCCAUUGCUAAGAACAGUUUGCUUAACCAGGAUAUCAACAUUAAAGUAGCUUCUGAGCUGCUCAUUAAGCUUUCAGAAAACAACAAAGAUGCCCAGUACCAGAAGGUGAAAGUGAAGGCAGAGCCCAUGGAGGUGGAUCCGCCCCCCGCAGAGCUCACCCCACCUGCCUCUCACCUACUGGCCUUCAGCACUUUAGGGGCGAGCGAGAAGAGUGAGCCGAUGAGCAACCUCUCCGAGACAUUGGGCUGUCCCCAGAAAGAUCUCUUCUCUCAAGACAUAUCGGUCAAAAUGGCGUCUGAACUGUUGUUCAAAUUGUCAGAAAAAGUCAGCAAAGCCAACAACCACAAAGACAACAUGGUGGGAAUAAACAGUCCGUUCCUGGACGAGUGCUUCAGACAAUCACCCUUUAACUCACGCUCCAAGAGCUCUUCUCCCGCGGAGGCAAGCUCCUCUACCAGGGUAGCAUUCCACGACUCAGAGAAGGACGACGGAGAGCCGGGAAACGGGAUCGCUCAGUGGAGACUACACGAGCAGCUCUUCCCCUGUCCCAUCUGCGGCAAGGUGUUCGGCAGACAGCAGACCCUUUCUAGACAUCUGUCUCUACACACAGAGGAGAGGAAGUACAAGUGUCACCUGUGUCCUUACGCAGCCAAGUGCAGGGCUAACCUCAAUCAGCACCUGACCAUCCACUCUGUCAAGCUGGUCAACACCGAUGCCGAGCAAAUCGUCGGCGCUGUUACAGCCGACUCCACCGAGCGCAAGAAUUGCCCUUACUAUUACAGCUGUCAUGUGUGUGGUUUCCAGACAGAGCUGAAUGCCCAGUUUGUCAGCCACAUGUCGCUCCAUGUGGACAAGGAGCAGUGGAUGUUCUCACUCUGCUGCAGCGUCUGUGACUACGUCUGCAUGGAGGAAAGCGACAUGAAGAGCCACAUCAGUACCGGACAUGCAGGUCUGAACUCAAGGAGCCCCCUCAGCGAGACCAAGAGCACCUCAUCGUCCCUCUCAGCUCUCAGCGAUUCACUCAACAGCUCUGAGAGCGGAGACCUCAGCCAUGGAAACGAAGAACUCAAGAGUCUGCUGGCCCCACCCUCCUCUGCAGGCAGCCAGGCCAGCUCUGGCAGUCACUCGGGAUCAGGAACCGAGGAGAAGUCCGACAAAGGUUUCGAGUGCGUCUUCUGUAAUUUUGUGUGCAAGACGCGCAGCAUGUACGAACGGCACCUCCAGAUCCAUCUCAUCACGCGAAUGUUCGAGUGCGACGUUUGCCACAAGUUUCUGAAGACACCCGAGCAGCUGCUGGAGCACAAGAAGUGCCACACCGUCCCCUCCGGAGGGCUCAAGUGCCCUUUUUGCAUCUACUCCACCAAUCGUCCAGCGGCCAUGGAGUGCCACCUGAAGACGCACUGUAAGAUGGAGUACCGCUGCCGCAUCUGCCAGGGACUGUGGCCCGACCAGACCUCACUGGAGGCCCACAUGCGGGGGCACCGCCUGGGAAACCACUACAAGUGUGAGCAGUGUGGCUACCUGUCCAAAACGGCCAAUAAGCUGAUCGAGCAUGUGCGUGUGCACACGGGCGAGCGGCCCUUCCACUGCGACCGCUGCUCUUAUAGCUGCAAGCGCAAGGACAACCUCAACCUGCACAAGAAGUUGAAGCACGCGCCGCGCCAGAUUUUCGGCUGCCAAGAGUGCCCUUUCACCACCACACACCCCCUCGUUUUCAGUCGCCACCUCAAGAAACACCAGAGCGGAGAAACGGGGGAAUCGGACGGAGGCUUGGGAGGAGGACGAGGAGGAGGGGAGGAGGAGGAGGCAGAGGGGGAGGAGCUGCCACUAGAGGGCACGUCACCGGGGCGUUCGUUGUUUCAGAGGAGCCAGGAGAACUUCCUGUUCGGUGGAAGAGGCAGCAGCGGAGGGAGUGGGAGUAACAGCCCCCUCAUGAGUCUGACGGCGUCUCAGGCGCUCCAGUCCGUCGCUCUGUCGCUCACGCUGGGCAAGUCCCAGAAGCUGGACCCCGGCAGCCCCCGGCACAGCCUGGCCGGCACCAACGGCGGCGACGCCGGCGCCAACCGCGGCGGCGUGAGCAGCGGCAGCCCCUCCCUCUUCACCUCCUCCUCCCGCCACAUGUUCGAUCAGUACAGGAACUGCGACCGAGCCCACCUGAUCCCCCUCACCACCCUGUUCACCCACAACAGCCGCUUCACAUUCCACUCGCACCUCCACUCCAGAUGCCGGCCGGCCACGUCGCCUCUGCUCUCCUCUUCCAAGUCGGCAUCCCCCUCCUUCUCUCCCCCCUCGCCGUUCUCCCACAAACACUCCUUCCUGGCCUACCUGGGACUGAUGGAGAGGGCCAAAACUGUCUGACCUCGCUGACCCCCCUCCCGCACCCCCUCCCCCCUCAGCCCUUCACUCCUGGGACAGUGGUGUGAGUGACACCUGACCGCUGCAGUGGGAGCAAUGUUGUUUUUUUCCAAUCAGACCAGCAGAAUAAGCUGGACCAGACAAACAUAUUAAAGAAAAUGGAAAAAAAUAAACAAAAACAAAACAAACAUUUAUAAGAGAAAAACGCUGUACAUGCUAUAACGCAUUUAUAUCAAGAAGCUGCUUUUCUUAUCAGUUCUAUCGAUUGAAUUAUUACUACUUCAAAUACUACACUCUAUUAUUUUGUUUUGUUUUGUUUUUUUUAAGCAUCUGAAUGACCCGGACCCAGUGGCUUUAUCUGACGAACCUGACGUAUCUCAGUUUUAUAGCUAUUUUCUGUAGUCGUUUGACGAGAUAAAAAGUUGAAAAACAAACCUUGCAAGUGCUAUAUUUUAGUGCAUUUUUGUCCCUCGCUAUUAUGCAUCAAGAAAAGCAUGCCUGUUUCUGUGUUUCAGCUAGCUUUGACGUCAUUAGGAAGCUGAAUUCGAGAUAUCCUGAAGUGUAAGCGGUGCAAUGUGGACAGAAUCAAAGAAACAGAAUCCUUUUCGCCGAAAAAGGUCACGUUUCCAAAACAAAGCCUCAGACCACGCACUUAAUUAUUUAUCAAACUUGUACAUAGUUUUAUAGCCCCUUGUCCCCCCUCGCAUCUUUUUUUUUUUUUUUUUCUUAUUUUUGUUGUAUUUUUGUAUAAUGGUGAAACCGUGUUGUGCGUUGCUGCUGACUGAUCUCACUUCUGUCUCAGAAUCAGUCAUUUUCAUAAAUUGUUGGAUUAUUGUAAUAGUUUUUAUGCUCAGAAACUAAGCUGUGAUGAUGUAAAGAUGGAAAAUAUUCAAUUUUACCUAUCAUGAGGAAACAUACAUUUAUUAUAAAAUAAUUUCAAUAUAAAUGCAAAGUCUUGUCAAUGCAUUUGCACGUACCGGUGAAUAAGCAGUAAUAUCUUACAGACAAGGAGUUCCCAGCCUUUUUUUUUUUUUUUCUUCUUCCCCAGCCGACUGCUUUUAUGCUGACAGCUCUCUUGCGAUGUGUUGUCAGUAUGACGCCAGCAUUCAGUGUGAGCUGUUAAGCAUAUGAGUGCAGAUGAGCAUUACCAAAGCUAUUUCUUUUACUGAAUCUGUGGGAGCCCUGAACUUGUGUCCCAGCAAGUAGACGGCCCCCAUCAAGGCAUAAACAGUGAAGGGCAUGUUCAGGAACAAGUCCAGUCCAGCUCAGACUCCCAGCUAAGGUUUGAAGUGAUUGAAGGUGCAGCUACGUGGACUGUCGUCAUAGUGACCUGCUGGUUGGGGACUCCUGUUAUGAAAGAAAUAGCAUAUGACUAUAUUUCUGAGACCAGGUUGAUAUCAGCACAGCAUUAUAUGCAGAACUAUGUAUCACGCACCCGUACCUAGAAGAGAUAUAUGAGAUAACUGUUUUGUGGAGGCGACCCGCCCUGGGACCCGAACCGCCCGCAGCCGGGGUCGCCACAGGCCGAUUCAAUGGUGCUUUUUGGAGCUUUUUGUAAUUUUUUUGUGUACAAAAAAAAAGAAGAAAAAAAAAACUGUUCCAAAAUGACUUGAAUGAAUGUAUUUUUGUUUAUGUAGAUGAAAAAAGAUGCGAUACAGAAAUGUGAACGACGGCGGCGUCUUCUGAGCUGGUAAAGACGGGAACGUGGGUGUGUUUGGUGGCCUUUCUGUGUCCAUUUCUUUUGGUUUUGUUUUAAUCUUUGAUUUUGUUUUUAUGUUCACUUUUUUUUUUCUUUUCUUUUUUUUACUGAGCCUUGUACAUCAUAUUAAACAUUUUCUACUAACAUUCAUAAAAAAAAAAAAUCCAUUGUGAGGAUAAAAGCUCCUGUAGGUGCAAUGAUGAAGCAAAGCCAUGCAUUUGUACAGCAUUGUUUUAAAUGGCGCCGGCUUCUGUUAGGUUGGCAGACAUGGUACUGCUUUCUGUCCCCCCCACCCCCCCCACUCUCCGUCAACCUUUUGAGUUUUAAUUGCACUUGCUGUAGUUGCUUUGCAAGCCAAAAGCACUUAAACCCUUUUUUCUUUUUUUUUUUUUUGAACACCCCUUAGUUUCUGGUAAUUCUGUUGGUGCAAAAAGGUCUGCCUCUGUGAAAUCGGAGAAAGUAAAUGAACACAAAUUGCAUGAAUUAGACAGUAGAGGUCAAGCUCCCCCCUGGGAACUAAAGGUCCCAGGCUAAAUUGUUUUUAGCCAAUUUUGCACAGUGCUGCACUUUUUGAUUAUGAGAGUAUGUAUUUAUCCGUAAAACGCUCAAAAAAAUUGUUUUUUUUUUCUUUUCUUUUUUUGCGAGGUAAAGGCAGCGUAGUACAAGUAUAUUAUUUUGAAAAAGCUUUACUUGUCAUAAGUUGCGCUUGUGUUUCUAAGUGGUCUUCAAGCCAAAAUCCUAUAUUUGUAAUGGGAUUGUGUUUUAUUCUUUAUUUUUUCCUCAUUGUCUCUAAAUGUGUGUCCAUAAAAAUGAGCUGAUGUCACGUUUGUUUCUAGUCAAAUCUUCUGAGGAAAAUGUUAACGGAGGUGGUGAAUUGUUUCGACCAAAUUGCGACUCGCCGCAGGAUGUGAUGUUAGGAUUGAAUCCGUCACGUCCUGUUUCUGAAGCGACGCCCUGAUUUUCCACCCCACCCCUUCAACAACUGUUUGUUUUAUCCUUCUGGCUCUGUCAACAUUUAGCAUGCUGUCCCUGGAGAGAAAGGAGCAUCCUUCCCCUCACGCACGCACGCACGCACACACACACGCACGCACACACACACUAUCUACGUUAUCUUUUAUACUCUAGUGCCACUUGGUGGAAGGAACCACCUGAGACUUCUGAGAAUGAGUCAAACUAAUUGUCAGGGUCCAUCAGAAGAAGAAAAAAAAACAAGAUAAAAGAUAAAGCGAAUGUUCACUUUUGACAUCUUUUUUUAAAUGUCUGCCUUUUAAUACAGCGUAAUCAUGAAUGGCUGCACUUCUUUCUUCCCUCUUAGUUGGAGUUUCAUGUUGAAAAGGGUAACAGGGCCCCAUCCUUUAGAAAGCCAGUAUUCUUGAGCACUUAUCUUUCAGUUUUUAUUGGGUUCUUUUCCCCCCAAAUGUUCGCAGUACAGCGACCUUUCUUCUCGACUACCUUUUUUCAGCACUUCAGAAUAUGCAUGACAUUGUCCUUGCUGGUCCUUUAGCACUUAAUUAUGUUGAAAACUAACUCCUUUGGUUGCAUUUAGUUUCUUCACACUGCACUGUCUACAAUCAGUUAGCUUUAAGUUUUGGCUGUAUUUUUUUUUUUUGAUUGAAAUAAAAGGCUCAGCUAUCUUAACUUUUGGCACUCUGAAAAAGUUGGUAUGUGCUGUACAAAGCUUUUUUUUAUUACUCCAUUGUUAAGGCUGUACAGGGUUGUGACAAUAACUGGUAAAUAGAUCAUUUGUACUUUUUUUUUUUUUUUGGUUUUGUAUUUGUUUUCUUUGUUUGGCAUUAUUUUAUGUUCAACUUGCCAGAUCUAAAUGUAACAGGAUUUGAAAGUAAAGCUUACAUCAGAUAUCA